CGCGGGCCGGGCGGAGCGCAUGGCGCUCGGUCGCUGACAGCUGCACCGACGGGGACUCGCCCUGCGCUGCCGGCAGACAUCAGAGAUGACCAAGACAUAUGCCAAACUCAAAGAGAUGUCAGAGCUUGUCAGCUCCCAGUCAUGGAUGGAUGAAGCCCUGAGCUCCCAAGAUGAAAUGAAGGAAGAAGACAGCAGACAAGCCCCCUAUGGAAUGAUGGCUGGCUUGAACGAAGAACAUGACAGCAUCGAGGAGGAGGAGGAGGAGGAGGAUGAAGAAAAGCCUAAGAGAAGAGGACCAAAGAAGAAGAAAAUGACCAAGGCACGGCUGGAGCGGUUCAGGGCCCGGCGGGUCAAGGCCAAUGCCAGGGAACGCACUCGGAUGCAUGGUCUGAAUGAUGCUCUAGAUAAUCUGAGGCGGGUGAUGCCUUGUUACUCCAAGACUCAGAAGCUGUCAAAGAUUGAGACUCUGAGGCUUGCAAGGAAUUACAUAUGGGCUCUGUCUGAGGUGCUGGAGACUGGGCAGACCCCAGAAGGGAAGGGCUUUGUGGAGAUGCUUUGCAAAGGUUUGUCACAGCCAACCAGUAACCUAGUUGCUGGCUGUCUGCAGCUGGGGCCUCAGUCCCUCUUCCUUGAGAAGCACGAAGAGAAGUCCCCAGUGUGUGACUCUGCCAUACCCAGCCAUACCUUCAACUACCAGUCCCCGGGACUGCCAAGCCCCCCCUAUGGGAACAUGGAAACCCACCUCUUACAUCUAAAGCCUCCCACCUUCAAAAGUUUGGUGGAUCCUUCCUUUGGGAGCCACCACCCAGACUGCACCACUCCACCAUAUGAAGGGCCUCUGACACCUCCCCUGAGCAUCAGUGGGAACUUCUCCUUGAAGCAGGAUGGGUCUCCAGACCUGGACAAAUCCUACACCUUCAUGGCUCACUACCCUUCGGUGAGCCUGGCCGGAACUCAUGGACACACGUCUCAUUUCCAAAGCACAGUACCCCGCUAUGAGCUCCCCAUAGACAUGAGCUACGAGUCCUACCCACACCAUGUGGUUGGGCCCCAGCUCAACGCCAUAUUUAAUGAAUAAUGAGAAAGAUGACAGGUAGACAUGAACAUAUGAGAAUCAAGAGAAAUGCAGCCAGGUGGUGUAGAUGUUUCUGGAGUGAACACGACUGGG